CUUCUGCGACUACCGUCCAAAACUUCUCGGUGGACUGGUCCGCCCACACCUCAUCAUGUCGUUACUCGCUGCUGGUACACGAGUGUCACGGCGCAUGCUGACGGCGGAAGUGAGCGCUUCCUUUACACAGAAGCGCACCAAAGCAAGAAGGGCACCGAGCCAGCGUUGGAAGGACAGAAUAAAGAGGAAGCCUUCUUGUCUGCCCAGAGGGAGGAUCAUGAGAAUAAGCCGGACUGGACUGUCGAAGAGAAGAGAGACUUCUUACAAACGACUCUUGAUGCAGCUGUGGCCAUGACCCACACUCAAGCACUGUGGCUUGCCAGUUGGCGCAAAGAUAAUAUCGAAACUGGACGCCCACUGGAAAAGGGAUUCAUGCCAAUGAUCGGGAUUGUGCCUAACAUGACACUCGACGAUGCCUACGACCUCAGCUUCAUCUUACGCAACAAGGGAGGAGUGUCGUGUGGCAAACAAGGUCGCCUGAUAGUCAAGCUAUGCGCUGAGAACGGCCAUGCAGAGGCAGUGGUCCAGGUCGUUGCAUCUGCGUUACGCCAGGAUGCGACAAAGCCUGGUAUCAUCAGGUCUCGCGACGUAAUGAUGGCUCUGGACCGCUUGCGUGAUAUAUCAAAGACAGGCAACGUGCGCGCAAUCGUCAUGGAGGCCAACGUGGCUCGUCACAACGGCAACAUUGGCCAGGCUAUCAAGCUAUACGAACAAGCUCUCGAGCGGAUCGUCAAAGAAACAGGGCCGAAUCCCAAAGACAAGUACGCAAACAUCAAAGACGAAUUUUCCUCACCCUGGAUCGAGCUCGCCUAUCUCCACGUCAGUCGGGGACACCAUGUCGAAGCCAUGAAAGUCUACAUGGUAGGGCUAGAAAGAGAUGAUCCAAUGGCAUACUUCAACCUCGCCCGUCUAGACUACUACAUGGCGGGCAACCAGCACACAACCGACUGGCUAUACAACAUGACAAAAGCAGCCGCGAGUGGCCACUACAAGGCCGCCCACGAGCUAGGCGAAUACUACGCAAACUCCCCCUGCCCUCCCACAAAAAAGGAAGUACCCUUCCUCGAGAAGCUUCGAGGCUUUGCUACCUUUAUAAACCAGUCCAACCUCAACCUCAACCCAAAGGUCCAAAUACACCAACAUGAGCAAUUCGCAAACACACCAGAAAAGCGCAUCAAACUCGCGCAUUACUGGCUCAAUAUAGCCCGAUCAAACUACUACUUGCCCGCCAACAUAACGCUGGCAGAGCUAUGUCUGCAGAAAUUCAUAUAUCCCAAGGACACGCUACUGAAACCCCUCGACCCCUUUGGCCACAGCAAAGAUUCUGAAGCCAUUGAGAAUCCACUUUUCAAUCCCAAGGAGGCGCAAGCCAUGUUGUACGAGGUCAUGAUAGCAACUCUUGUCAUCGCAGAAUCAAAGGCUAGAUGCGAAUCACAUGCCCAGUACCUCUAUGAAACGACCCCCUGGAGUAAACACGAGGAAGUGCUCGAAGUGGUGGAGAGCCAGGAGACAUUGCAAGAUCUCGAGGAACAGGCCGAAAUGAUAGCCGAUGCAGCAGGUAUUGACAUUACAAGUAGUCAUAAGCUAUUGGAAGGAAUACUUCGCGUGGGAUUCUUGAGGCCCCACAAGGGCGAAAGAGGGCAAGGUGUCCUUGAGAUCAAGGAGGAAGAGCGGGUAUAAGCAGAAGAUGAGAAAGCGACAAGCUAAGUAAUUCGAUGAUAAUAGGGAAGUACUGGAGUGUCUGCCCCCAAGGCAUACCGAACUGCCGAAUAUCAUCCCAUGACUGAUUUCAU